AAAGGACUUGAGGAUCGCAGCUUCAGUCGGACAGCACUGUGGAAGGUAAUGGGGUAGAGAACAGGAAGGCGGAGAAACUGGGACGGCCGAGCGCAAAGAGGAUGGCGGAAGCGAAAGGCAGGACCAGGGUUAGAGUAAAACGAAAGCGAGGAAGGAAAGCGCGGCCAUGGAAAGAAAAUUGGGCGCAGAGAGAAUGGGGGGAGGAGGAAUUGUGCUGUAGCGAGUGGGAAAAAGCACAAGGGUUAGCCUGGAGGAAGUGAGGUUCGAGAGCAGGGAGGCCUGUAAGGGAAAAGUGAACAGAGCGGGAAAUAGCAAGAGGGUGUCUGGUGAUCAGGCUAGGAUACGGGGAGGGUACCUGGGUUGAGGAGGGAGCAGGGUAAAGAAGGCAGCUAGAUCCCUGCUCAGCCCCUAGGCAGCGACAGGAGGAGGAGCAGCAGCAGCAGCAACAGCAACAACAGAGGUCCUCCUCCUAGCCAGGGGGACCCUUUAGGAAGCAGCCUGAGCAAGGCUCUCUUUGCCUAGUACCGGCAGGCAGCAUCUCCCUUGGUGCUACCUUAAACUUGCUGUUCAAGGGCGGAGCAGCCCUUCCCCCCGCAGGCCGCCGAUUGGCCGGGGAAUGUAUCCAUUGUGGAACGUUGACGCCCGCCGAGUUCCAUCCCUAGUGUAGCCACGUUCGGUUGAGCCGGGGGCAGCCGCGGUAGCGGCAGCAGCAGCAGUAGGAGCAGCUGGAGAGAGAAGAAGCAGGAGCCGAGGAGAGGGGCAGGGCGAUGGGGUCGAGGCCGGGGCUGGGGCUUUGACAGCUGAAACCAGGGCGAGCGGCGCGGCAACAGCAGCGGCGGCAGAACCGGGGCGAGCCACAGCUGGGGUACAGAGCGAGGCUUGGGAGACCGAACAGCAUCGGAGAAAGCCAGGCGGCGGCGGCUUCAGUUUCGCCUCUUUCUUACUGCGGACCAUGUUCGCCAAAGGCAAAGGCUCGGCGGUGCCCUCGGAUGGGCAGGCUCGGGAAAAGUUAGCUUUGUAUGUCUAUGAAUAUUUGCUGCAUGUAGGAGCGCAGAAAUCAGCACAGACCUUUUUAUCAGAGAUCCGAUGGGAAAAAAACAUCACACUAGGAGAACCUCCUGGGUUUUUACAUUCAUGGUGGUGUGUAUUUUGGGACCUUUACUGUGCAGCUCCUGAAAGGCGAGAUACUUGUGAACACUCAAGUGAAGCAAAAGCCUUUCAUGAUUACAGUGCAGCUGCAGCGCCAAGUCCGGUACUUGGAAACAUUCCUCCAAAUGACGGAAUGCCAGGGGGACCCAUUCCUCCAGGUUUCUUUCAGGGACCGCCUGGCUCUCAGCCCUCGCCACACGCACAGCCUCCACCUCACAACCCCAACAGCAUGAUGGGACCCCACAGUCAGCCUUUUAUGUCACCAAGAUACGCAGGAGGUCCCCGGCCCCCCAUCAGAAUGGGAAACCAGCCUCCAGGGGGUGUUCCUGGUACUCAGCCUUUGCUGCCCAACUCAAUGGACCCCACACGACAACAAGGGCAUCCCAACAUGGGAGGGCCAAUGCAGAGGAUGAAUCCUCCACGAGGAAUGGGACCCAUGGGUCCAGGUCCACAGACUGAUCCUUGGUUAUCAUUGCAGAACUAUGGCGGCGGAAUGAGACCUCCACCCAACUCUCUAGGGCCCGGCAUGCCUGGGAUUAACAUGGGUCCAGGAGCUGGUAGACCUUGGCCCAAUCCCAACAGUGCUAAUUCAAUUCCAUACUCUUCUUCAUCGCCUGGUACAUAUGUGGGGCCCCCUGGUGGCGGAGGUCCUCCUGGAACACCUAUCAUGCCUAGCCCCGCAGAUUCGACAAAUUCAAGUGACAACAUCUACACAAUGAUUAAUCCCGUACCGCCUGGAGGCAGUCGGUCGAAUUUCCCAAUGGGACCUGGAUCGGAUGGCCCAAUGGGAGGCAUGGGGGGGAUGGAGCCCCAUCACAUGAAUGGCUCAUUAGGGUCAGGAGACAUAGAUGGACUUCCAAAAAAUUCUCCAAACAACAUAAGUGGCAUUAGCAAUCCUCCCGGCACUCCACGAGAUGAUGGUGAACUGGGAGGCAACUUCCUCCAUUCCUUCCAAAAUGACAAUUAUUCUCCCAGCAUGACGAUGAGUGUGUGAUUUCCCUCCUCCCUCACCCCGCAUCCUCUUCUCCAGGAUAAAGAAAAAGUCAGCUGCCAUUUGGAGGAUCUCAAGAAAUUAUGCAAGAAGAGAAGCUAGGUGUGUUUGGCAGGGAGACAUGCAGAGAGCUGGGGACGACCCACCCCUGAUUUUUAGUUUCAUGCAAUAAAAAGGCUGAACUUUUUAUUCCAUAAAACAAUGAAGGACAAAUCUUUAAAAUAUUUCAAGACAUGACAAGAUCCUUCUGCAGAAGAAGGAUUUAUUCUAUGUACAUGACACUUUUUUGUUGAUUUUUUUUUGAAACAAACAAAAGCCUCUAGCACCCAAUUCCAACCUCCUUUGCUUGAUUAUUCUUUUAAACCUGUUGUAUGUUUGUGCUGUGCUACUCAAGGAAGCUAGUCUAGAUAUGAAAUCUCAUGUUGUCUCUGUAGCCAUUUAAAAAGAAUUAAUAAAACUGGACAGUUUUUAUAAAUUAGUGGGUUUUGUUUGGAAGACCACUUCCCCCUCUUUUUUCGUUUUGCUUUGUUUUUCCAUUUGAUGUUUUGCAGCACAACACUCUCCAGCAAGAAGAUUCAAGUGGAACAGAUUUCUUCUGCCUCAUUCUAAGUUGUAAUGCAGCUGGCCCCCUUGUAGGAUCACAUCCUCCAAAACUUUAAUUGUGAUCUUGGUUUCUGUGACUGUGGCAUGCACUGUAUUAACCCCCUCCCAUGUCCUCCUCCCCAAAUUACAAAGAAAUGUUAUUAAUUGCCCUUUUGCAAAACUUUAAAAGUGUCAAAAUACCUGGGGGUUGGGAUAGGGGUGGGGGUUAUUUUAUUUUUUUAUGCUGGGGAGGUGUUGGUCCACCAGAAUUAAAAGGAAAAGAGGUUAAAAAAACUUGACCUGGGACUCGAAAACUGUGAGCGCAAACUUCUUAACAUUUGUUUUUGGUUUUAAUGAAAUGAUGUGAUCUUAUUAGGGUUUCACUGUAUAUGCUCUGGAACUGGAUGGAGAUAUUUUUAAGUAAUUAUUGUUGUUAAAAUGUAUACUUGCUAUUCUGUAGGCUCUCUUCUCUCCCUCUUACUCUGUAAUUAAAAGCAAAAGAAAAAAGAAAAGAACCUUACCUUCUCAUGGUAGAGGUGACUACAGAAAAGCAUACCAUGUAUAGUGAAACUCGCAAGUCUUGGGAUCUCUGUACAUUACACUCCCUUGUAGCUGGUCUUUGUUUUAUAUAAAAAGAAGAAGAAACCUUCACUUCUGAUCUAUGUAUUUCAUAUUAUGUAAAAUAUUAUCUUCCCCUGGAUUUACCUACCUUUGUGCGGAUUCUUGAGAACAUUGUAUCUUGUUUCAGUGUUUUUUCUUACCUUGUAGUCUGGUUCUAAAAUUAAGCGAGGGAAAAGAAAAGUAAUUAUUAUACAUUGUAGUUUGUGUACGAUAUUUGUUGAUAAUGUUUUAUUAAAGGGAUGUCUUUUUUCCGCACCCCUUAAUGAAAUGAUUUUUUUUUGUUUGUUUGGUUUUUUUGGGUGGGAACAUUGGCUUUUUAUUAUUCUGACUGAAAACAAAACAAACCAUGUGAUUUGACAAACUUUUUUAGUAGUACAAUGACUUUUUUUAAUGUUUGCCUUUUUCUUAGGCAUUUUAAUUGUGUUUUCUCUGUAGAAAUAUGAUGGGGGUGGGGAUGGCAAAUGGUCAGUCUCACAGUUGCAGUCAGGAUAAUAUUAAAAGAAAAUAAAUAAAUAAACCAUCAAACCAAGAUUUGUCCCAUUGCUAAUGCAACGCCCUUUCAAUUUUUAUUUUUUUUUAUAAAAAGGAUAACGAACAGGUUUCAUUGUAUUAAAGUGAUAGCUAAAUUUUUGUCUCAUUGGUUUGGGAUGGUUUUUAAAAGAUGAAUCAGGACCCUCUCCUCUCCCUUCCCCUUCAUGCUGUAAUAAAUAUCAACAUUUGAUUUCA